UUUAUCUAUUCAUCAGGCCAAGAUACUUACAAGGACCGAAGAGGGCGUCAAGCUUCAAGCUUCAAGCUUAACGCUGAAAUGUCAUACCAAUUUCUUUGACAACAAAUCUAUUGGUCCACCAUACACAACCAUACACACUCAUGGACUGAUCUUGUUCCCUUGCCACUGCCUUCAAAUUGCAUCUCAUAUCUUGCCGACCUGCCAGAUCGCCUACCACAUAAGCUCAGGAAAUUAACUCGCGAAACGAAGGCUGAGCGAGCGUUGUAUCGUAAUUUUGGUUACAGUAGAGGUGAUUUUCGCACGAGAACGUCAUACCCUUCAUUUCUUCCAAUGUGCACUGAAGAAAACUUCAGUGCACGAUAUAAGAAUCGCAUCCUUCUUUAUUGAACUCUUACGCCGAUUCAGAAGAUCCCCGAAGAACAUCGACUCCAUGGCAUGGACAUCAUCAGGCUCCUCUAACGCAGAGCUCAUCGAUAACAUGCUCCGGAACGGAAUUCUUGGGAAGGUAGUGGGUGAUGUAGUAGAUGGCAACAAAAGCGAAGCUGAAUGCGCCAGUGACCGUAUCGCACGAGCAAUGAAAAAGGUCGACAGAGCGAAUUAUGUCCGGGAUAAAAGAGAUGCAUAUGAAGAUUCCCCACAGACUAUUGGGCAUGGCGCAACAAUCAGCGCUCCUCAUAUGCACGCUUACGCAGCCUCUCAUCUACUUCCGUAUCUCCCUCCAGGCGGUCGGGUCCUCGACGUCGGAAGCGGCUCAGGCUAUCUAAGCGCCGUCUUAUACCAUCUCAUCGAGGAUCCACAUGGCCACAAACCAUCUUUGUCAGACUCUGACGCAAAGUCAAAGCCACUGAUAAUCGGUAUCGAACACGUCUCCGAGCUUACUGACUGGUCCAUUUCUAACCUCAAGCAUGACGGACUCGGAGAGGCACUGGAGAAAGGACAAAUUGAAAUGGUUACAGGUGACGGACGUUUAGGUUACCCGCCAAAUGCGCCUUAUGAUGCCAUACACGUGGGUGCUGCUGCUCCGGAGCUUCCCCAAGCACUAGUGGACCAGCUCGCGCCUGGUGGAAGGAUGUUCAUCCCGAUUGGAACCUAUAAGCAAAACAUCUACCACAUCGACAAGGAUGAAUCAGGAAAGAUCACACAGACGGAAGUUAUGGGUGUAAGAUACGUUCCACUCACAGAUAGGAAGUCACAAGAAGAGCACUAA